AUGUAAAACAAAACUAUAAUAAUUUGCUUAAUAAUUUCUUAACUUCUGGUUUCUGUAUUUUCAUCAGCAGGAGGUCAAGCUAAUUGUACAGGUGUUGCUGCUGGUACCGAUUGUGCUAGUGUCUGUGGAGUACCUACAGUUGCAGGAACUGGUACAACAGCUUGUAGUUGGGUUAGUUCUUCUACUUUGACCACUUGCACUGUUACUGAUUGUACUUGCCUAACUACUGGUACUGUAACUGGUAUCACUAAUUUAAAUGAUUAAUUUUGUACUUCUUGUAAAGGAUCUACCUCAAAUACCUAUGCUAAUGGUGCUGGAACUGCUUGUGUAGCUGCUUCUGCUUCAUGCAACAGCACCAUAAGAGGAACUACUGCAUGGACUGUUGGUGAUUGCACCGUUUGUACUCCUACUACCCCUGCAUUGGUUGGUAGUACUUGUAAGGCUUGUAAUACUAUAAGUAGUGCAUGGACUGAUGCAAAUUGUGCUGCAUGCGCCAGUACUUCUACCCCUAAAGGUAACACAAAUUUUGCUAACUCUGCUGGUACUGCUUGUGUUAAUGCUUCCGCAACAUGUGCUAGUGGUAGUAGAGGUACUACUGCUGCCAAUGCUUGGACAGCUGCUGAUUGUCUUGCUUGUACACCUGCUACUCCUGCCGUACAAUUUGGUGCUUCUCCUGCUACUACUUCUAGUUGUGUUGCUUGUAAUACUAUUAAUUCAGGAUGGACAGAUGCUAACUGUAAUUCAUGUGCUAUGGCUGCUAGCCCUUAAACAAAAAAUAUCGUCGCUAAGGCUGAUGGAAGUGCUUGUGUAGCAGCUGUGUUUUCAUGCACUCAAUCUGCUAGAGGUUCAAAUAAAUGGACUAAUGCAGACUGUGCCGCCUGCAAUGGUACUGCUGCUAAUGCAAAUCAAUAUGCCUCUGCUGAUGGUUCUACAUGUCAAGCUACAUAGGCUUCUAGUACUUUCAGUGGUUAGAUCUUUGUUAGCAUUUUAUUAGUUUUAUCUGCUUUGUUAAUUUGA